GUUGGCCAGUUAUUCUCACAACGUACAACCUUCCUCCUGUUUAACAUGUCAGGACGGUCAAGCUUCAGUAGGACUACGGGAGGAAGAGGGGGAAGGGGUGGAGGUAGAGGACAUGUUCUGGUGAUGCAAAAUUAUGACAUUCCAAUUAUUGAAGAAUAUGACUCUGACGAGGAGGAAGAGAUUGAAGCUGAGCAGGGUAUGAACGAAAGUCGAUCAUUAACCCCUGAAGGACACCAUGAAUCAGCUGCCUCUGUAUUUGGAUCUUAUGGUGGUGAAGGGUCUUCCAAUAUAGUUCAAAC